GCCCAAUACUGGUCCCAGGUUCCCACCCAGCCACAGUAUCCCUUGCCUCCUCAUGAAUGUUAAGACUCUCAGCAGUCCCCAAACCCCAAGUAUCCUUUUGUUUUCCAGCAGUCUCAACACCAAUCCACCUAACUUCCUACUUGGAUUCCCCCACUGGUACCCAGCUGUCCACCAGCACUCCUCAUCAGCCAGAACUGCCAAUUUUUGUUCAGCUCCAUGCCUCACUUCCAGCGCUGCUCAGGGCAGUACUGAACAUAAACUCAUGAUUAUGGUUAAAGUGAAAAUACCUUUUGGAAAUAAAUACCUAGACGCUAUCUUUUCUGUCCCAGACAAGAUAUUAACACAUGGAGUGAUUCUUACUCAUGGAGCUGGAGGAGAUAUGAAUUUCUCUCAUUUAGUUUCUUUGGUAGCCUAUCUUGCAUCGCGUGGACUUCUGUGCUUGAGAUUUACCUGUAAAGGCCUUAACAUUGCUUAUAGGACUAAAGCAUAUAAAACAGUUUUGGAAUAUUUAAAGUCCUCUGAUGAAUAUAAACUUUCUGGUGUCUUUCUUGGAGGUAAGGGGGAGGGAUGGAUAUAGGUCGUUCGAAUGGGUUCACGAGCCGCUGCCUCUGUGACACGUCAGAUUAGCCAGGAUGACAAUGAGGAUUUCAUUCACGGUCUGAUAUGUUUAUCUUAUCCACUUCAUCGACCAAUUCAGUCCAAACUCCGGGAUGAAGAUUUAUUUUUUAUUAAGUGUCCUGUGCUGUUUGUCUCAGGAUCAGAAGAUGAGAUGUGUGAAAAAAAAAUUAUUGGAAGGUGUGGCAAGCAAAUGAAGAUCCCCCAAAAAAUUCAUUGGGUUGAAAAAGCAAACCAUGGCAUGACAGUGAAAGGACGAACGGCAGAUGAUAUUAUGAUGGAAAUAAGCACACAGGUUUUUUCGUGGAUCAAAGAAAUAAUUGAACAGGAGUACAAAUUUCCAACAGUUAAACAUCGGUUACAUUAACCUUCCUUAAAUGUAAAGGGCUUCUUUGACUUGCCAAAGAGAGAGCAUUAAAAAAGAGCUAUUCCUACCUGAGGCCUACUUGAUUCAGAACAGGUCAUUCUGCAAAUAUUAAGUGUAAACAUACGUAAAAAAAAUAUUUUUUGAAUCCAAAACCGCUAUGCAAUAUGAACAAGGUAGUAAUACCAUUUUUUAAAGGUGAAGAU